AUGAACAAGACAUAUAGAAUUAAGAAAGGUCCUAAUAACAAUAUCCCCACGAUAAUCUAUUCGAGUUACAAUGGUUUUAAAUUGAAAUUCAUUUUAAAAGGUUCGGAAAAAUCAAAGCACAAUAUCGGUCAGUUUACCAAAGAACCUCCAUUGAACGCGCUUAAUGGUUUGUACUCUUUAAAAUGGAUUCAAUUUAAUGAACUUAAAAAUAUUGACUACUUCGCAGAAUACAAAAUUUAUUCUGUCGAAUGGAUAGGUGCUCAAAUUCAGCAAUAUGAAAAAGGGAGUGAAAUAAAGGUUAUUCUGAUAAAUCUUGAUAAAAAUAUUUUAAGCACCAUAAAAAAUAUACAUUUAGAAUGUCAUGAUCAAUUUAGCAUACAUAAUAUAUUAGAUAUCUCACGAAAUCAGCAAGAUGAACACUAUUUAUCAAUCAUAAAAAUGACAUCAAGAUUAUUAACUGAAAAACUGAAAUGGAAUGAUCAGGCUCAGCAAUGGAAACGAAAAGGUAAAAUGAAAGUCGCAUUGAAGAUUUUACACAAUUCAUGUGGUAAAUUUGAUGAAUUUUUACAGGAGGUAUGA